GUGGAGUCGUCGUGCAUCGUGCUCCCCCUUUCUCCUGCCGCACCGAUGGACCCCGCGCCGGCGCCCCCGCCCCCAUUCGCAGUGCGCCUCGUCACCGGCGGCGGGUCCUCGCCGGAGCUUGCCCUCCUCCUCCGCUCCCUUUCCGCCGCCCGCGUCGUCGCCCUCGACGCCGAGUGGAAGCCGCGCCGCCGGGGCAGCCCCGCCGCGGCCGGCACUGGCGGCGGCUCCUCCCCGGCGAGUGCGCCGGCGCCAGCGCCGCCGCAGUUCCCCACGGUCACCCUCCUCCAGGUAGCCUGCCGCGGCGGCGACGGAGGCGAGGACGAGCGGGAGCGCUGCGAGGUGUUCGUCGUCGACCUCCUCGCCGUGCCGCUCGCCGACCUGUGGGCGCCGCUGCGGGAGCUGUUCGAGCGGCCCGGCGUUCUCAAGCUCGGGUUCAGGUUCAAGCAGGACCUGGUGUACCUCUCCGCCACCUUCGCCGCCGCCCUGGGGGGCGACGCCGGAUUCGAUAGGGUGGAGCCGUUCUUGGAUGUCACCAACAUUUAUUACUACCUCAAGGGCCAUGACAGGCAGAAGAAGCUUCCAAAGGAGACCAAGAGUUUGGCAACAAUUUGUGAGGAGCUGCUCAGUGUUUCUUUAUCAAAGGAACUCCAGUGUAGUGAUUGGUCAUACCGCCCCUUGAGUGAAGGUCAAAUACAAUAUGCUGCAUCAGAUGCCUACUACUUGCUAGACAUAUUUGAUCUGUUCCUACAAAAGAUCACAACAGAAGGAAAAUGUUCAUCUACAAUGGAACUAAAUUCAGAUAGGCAUUGCUCAUCAACAGUGAUAGAAUGCUCAUCUUCUGGAUAUGACAUCUGCUCUGGUGGUUAUUCGAUGUCCAUAGUAACUAAGUACAGUGAGAAGAUCUUGUUGGCGGAAUCUGAUACAAAACCACGUUCCUCAAGACGAAAGGAAAAACCAAAGCUUGCUACUAAUGUUAAAUGCAAGGAUAAGGUGGAUUGCAGUACUGAAUGGCAGGGCCCCCCUCCAUGGGAUCCUUCCAUUGGUGGGGAUGGGUAUCCAAAGUUCUUGUGUGAUGUGAUGAUUGAGGGCCUAGCUAAGCAUUUGCGUUGUGUUGGAAUAGAUGCUGCCAUUCUGUCUUCAAAGAAACCUGAACCAAGGGAGCUAUUAAAUCAAACAUACAAGGAAGGAAGAAUAUUACUAACACGGGAUGUCAAACUCUUGAAAUAUCAGUAUUUAGCGAGUAACCAGGUAUACAGAGUGAAAAGCCUUCUCAAACAUGAUCAACUAGCUGAGGUAAUUGACAUGUUCCAGUUAAAGAUCUCUGAGGACCAACUUAUGUCGAGGUGUACAAAGUGUAAUGGUAGUUUUAUUCAGAAACCACUCACCCUUGAGGAAGCUGUUGAAGCCUCAAAAGGUUUCCAGGUUAUUCCCUCGUGUUUGUUCAACCGAAAUCUUGAGUUCUGGAAGUGCACUGAUUGCAAUCAACUCUACUGGGAGGGCACUCAAUACCACAAUGCAGUUCAAAAGUUUUUGUCUGUCUGCAACAUCAGUGACUAAGCAGUGUGGUCUUAUUUUGUCUGUAAGCUACUGAGAUUCCAUCGAGAGAAAACUGGAUAAUCAUCUGAAUAUGAUCUUUGGCAUCCGAUUGCGAGCGAUCAAGCAGACCUCCGAUUUUAGUGGUUUGCUGUUUGCCCCGAGUUGUUGUAAAUAGCCAAACAUGCUUCAGUUACUGGAACUAUUUUGAAACGCUUCUUUUGUUUUAUACAGAAAUAGAGACAAACGAUGGAAUGCCCAGCACAGUAUCUCUGUACAAUUGCUAUACUUUGCCAGUCUGAUCCGACAUAUACAACGCUAA